AUGAAACAGUGUAUAGCCUUUCUGUCUAUCUAUCUAUCUAUCUAUCUAUCUAUCUAUCUAUCUAUCUAUCUAUCUAUCUCAGAAUGUGUCGAUGGAAUCUGCCGAGUUUUUUGCUGGAGCCACCGGAUAUUUUACGAGGAAGCCGAGGAGCGCUACCUGAAAAAUCAGGUUCAAACAGCCACAUACCACAGGAACCUGGCGACUUUUUUUAGUUCUUGUCCGCCCGCUUCAGACAGCGUCAAUCCUGAAAUGUUGUCCGAUGCCCAACCGCUAUUCUUCAAUAACGGCAAGUCACUGACCAAAACAUACUUUAAUUACAGAAAGCUAACGGAGCUGCCUCACCAUCUCGUGCGAUCGCAGCAGACGGAAGCGUUCAAGAAAGAUGUCGUCUUCUCUUUUGAUUGGAUGCAAGCGGAACUUCACGCGGUGUCAUUUGCGAACGUAUUGCGUGUGCAGAGAGAAGCGCAAUCAAUUGAACCUCAGAACCCGGAGCUCAGUAUAUUAACGACUGCGCUGCGACUAUCCGAAUCGGUGUUAAAGAGGUCGCCGGAUCAAAUUGCAUCUCAACUUGUUGGUAGACUCUCCUCCUUGACAAAUUCUCGAUUUCACACUUCAUCGGGAGAAGCUCUGAAAUAUCCGAAUCUCAAACGACUUAUAGAAUGUGCCAGACAUUCGUCAUUUCCGGCGCUGUUACCUCUAGACACGUGCCUCAUGGAACCAGGCGACGAACUACCAUUUGACUUAUACGCCCACGUUUCUACAAUUAACGCAAUGGAUUUAAAUGCAGACGGCAAGUUUCUGUUAACAGCUUCCAAAGAUGAUUCGAUCAAAGUAUGGGAUAUGUGCAAUGGUCGAGUUGUUCGAAGUAUCUGCGGUUUGGGGGCUCAGGUUUCUUCUUUAAUUUGGGCCGUGAACAAUACGUGUAUCGUGACAGUCGAAACCGGUUUAAUACGGGUAUGGCUUCUUUCUGAUCAGAAAUGUCUCUACCGCUUUGAAACAGGUACUGAUUCAUUAGUGGUCACAGCGGUUUCAAAUGCUAAAAAUAUCCAAUCAGCUCUUCUGGUUGUUAUAUGUGACGGAACAAAUAAGAUCAAUGUCUGGGACUUGCAAGACGGCAGCUGCCGAACCCACUCCGUCGGCCUCAAGGGAAAGUGUGUACAUCAAAGUCGAACGUUCCUCCUGGCCCGAAACUGCCGGUCGACCUGUUUCUUAUACUCCUUCAGAGAUUCUAACGGUGCUGUUCUUCAGAACGCUACUAAUGGUAACAUCGUCUGCUCUUUGCAGUCUCGCGAGAGUUCGUCUACGGUUCCUGCCGGCAGCUCUACCUUAAGUCAUGGGAAAUUCACCAACUCGAACUAUUUGAUCCAGGGAAUGGACUUUACCUCCGCAGCGUCCGGGGAUGCCUACAUGACAUCGUUUCAAGCCCCCUGA